AACAAAUAAAUAAGCACACAUAGCAUUUUGUCGUCCUAGCACCUUUACCCUUACGAUUAAGUAUGAGUAUUGGUCCGGCGUAGUCCACCCCAGAACGCAUAAAAGGAAAGCCCGAAGUUAAGCGUUCCUUUGGUAAAUCUCCCAUAAGGGGAGUAGGGGUCAUACCUCUCAAGCGUUUACAAAUAAUGCAAUCAUAAACAACCUUCCUUGCUAAGUUUCUACCGCCAAUUGGCCACCACGUUUCACGUAAGUUAUAAAGAAGCGCCUGUGGAGCUGCGUGCAACAACUGCUUGUGUUCGUGUCUGAAUAGUAGUAGGGAGAAAAUAUGUUUAGAUGAAAUUAAAAUCGGAUGUUUUUUAUCAAAAUUAAAGUCGGGAGAAUUUACAAUCCGACCACCAACACGAAUUAGUUUAUUUUUAUCAAUAAAUAAAUUUAAUUUAGACAAAUUAUGUUUAUUAACUAGAGUACUAUUAUUUGUGAGUAACCUAUACUCAUCUGGAAACGAUUCUAGUUGAGACAGUCGAGCCAAAGUUAUAUCAGAUUCCCUCAAUUCAUCGACAGUGAGAGUACCUGACCGUUGAGUAUUUUUAUUGCGCGUAUUAUGAAUAAAACGUUGUAUAUACGCGACAGUUCGUCUCAUGCGACUAUAUUGAGAAAAUCUAACAAAUGGAAAUAAUGUACGUUCGCAGUCUUGAUCAGUAGCGUAGGAAUGCGUCACACUGGAUUUCAGCUCAGGCAAUAGUUGCUGAGAGUCAAAUGAAUUUAACGGUACAUUAUUGCAACUGAAGUUAGUGUGACGAAGAAAAGAUGGGCCUUCCCACCAUAAAGUAGAAGAUGAAAGGUCCUCCAUCUGAACACCGCGCGAGACCAGAUCAGCUGGGUUUUCCUUCCCACUGACAUGACUCCAUGGAAGUUCCUUCCCCAACUCAUAUAUUUCUGCCGUUCUAUUUUGUACAAAAGUUUUUUGUACUAAAUAGAAGAGUCCUUCUUCUGAGACCUUGCAUUCGAGUGCCAGCUGCUUUAGACACCUAACAAUAAGAAACGGUGCGGAGGCUGUCCCAUACGUUACCGUGUUUAAUUGAUAAAUACCUAAUGGUUCAGAUGGAUUGUCACGCCACACAAUCAACUGGAGAUCGCGUUGUAAUUCGUUUAGGAGACACUGCCUGUACAUCUUUUCGACGUCUGCACAAGCAGUGUACCUAUGUUGUCUGAAACGAAGCAAAAUGUCAACUAAAUCACCCUGCACUGGAGGUCCGAUUUGUUGAAUGUCAUUUAAAGACACUCCACUACUUGUGGCGGCACUCGCAUCGAACACCACGCGAAGUUUUGUUGUGCUGCUGUGCUCACGAUACACGCCGUGAUGAGGUAAAAAGAAGUGUGGGGUUCCAUAUAAAGUUACUCGCGUCAUAUGAUCUAAUUCGAUGUAUUCGUGUAUAAAUUUAAAAUAUAUUUUUUUAUAGUUAGAAUUACGUUCUAAUUGCCUCUCUAGUGCCAAAAAACGACGUUCAGCUUGUGACAAAGAUUCACCCAAAACAGAUGGCGACUGUUUCAGUGGCAAGCUGACGCAAAACCUUCCGUCACUAUUGCGCGUGGUAGUACGAAUGAAAGCUUCCUCACUAGAGCGUUCUUCGUCAGUCUGUAUGUCACUAGUUUUAGGCACCUCUUCUAACUCCCAAAACCGUCGUAACUGAGUGUCAAUAGAUUGAGUGAAGUUACAUUGGACAGACGUAUUGAUAUUGUGCGUGUUAAACUCAAUAGGCCCUGAAAUAAUCCAACCUAACCUUGUAUUUUGUAAAAAGGGUCCAUUGGGUAAUCUCAUUUUACCCUCGCAUAAUAAGUCCCAAAAUAAGUCUGCGCCUAUUAAAAUAUCAAUAUUUUGAGAUUCAUAAUAUUGUGGAUCAGCCAGCUGUAUAUAGUCAGGUAUCAUAAACGACUGCGCGCGUUGACUAUACAUAGCAGUAGGUAGCGUAGAUGUAAUGUGCGGCAACACAAAACAUUUAAUGCGUGCGGAGUAAUUUUCAAUGCGUGAUUUGAUCUCGAUAUCACAUAUCUGUGAUGACGUUGUUACUGUGUUGCCGACACCUCGAAUUUCGCAAGUGGACUGUAUUAAGUUUAUAUUAAUUAAAUCGCAUAGUGGUUUAGAAAUAAAACAAUGUUGACUACCACAGUCGAGAAGCGCGCGUGCUAAGUGAAACUUAUUGUACCUAUCGGCUAUCUCGACUAUAGCUGUAGACAAUAUAACGGGUCGCAUAGUAGAUUGUUUGUGAAUUAAAUUAGAAUUAUCUAUGUGUGCACUGUUUACUCGAGACGAAUGAAUUUGCGCGGGGAUGGACGGCGCGGGCGGUGCGACGGUCGCGGGGGUCAUUUGACUAGAACCCGGGGUUUCGUUGUCGGCUAGAUGCAUUGAUACGACCGCUACUCGAUCAGUCACGUUAUUAUGAAUAAGCGUGUUGUGUUUUUUAAAACACAGUCUGCAAGGUCCAAAUUUGCACAUACUAACUGAAUGCCCUGGACGUAAACAGUUCUCACAUAAUUUAUUUGCGGUUAUAAAUUGCAGUUUAGCGUCUAAGUUAGUGUCCAAAAAUGUUUGACAUGAAUAAAGUGGAUGAUCAGCGUUACACAUUAAACACGAUUUCUUAGUAGACGUGAUUCGACCUUGCUGUGACUUAUUGGUGGAAACAUUGCAGUGCACUCACGGUGUGACACAAUUGAAGCGAAGGAGAUGGGGUUAGGGAGGAUGGCAGACCGUUCCGGAAUGCGCUUAUGGACGAUUGCUGUCUGCUGCUGCUCCUCCGACGCCUUAACCUCGAUCCUUACUAGAUGUCUUCUCACUUCUCGUAGUCCAAAACUUGUAUGAUGAAUUGGCAUACGAUGAAUCCAAUGGUCGCUGACUCGUACUUUUCGUAUUAUUAUUCGGCAACGAAGGUCCAAAACACGUAUGUUUGCGCUUGAAGUGACUCUGGAUAAUUCUGAAUUGAAGUCACUAUCACAGAGUACUCUCAGAAAUUUGAGAUGGAUGAUGCAGAAGGAUUUACUUGGUCAGGACAUGUUCCUGCUUGGAAGACCUGGACCUGGAAGGAGAAAAGUUGCUCUACAGUACCUGGAGCUCACACAGCGGGAGCUGGAGUAUGUGGCUUUGUCCCGGGACACUACAGAAGCAGAUCUGAAGCAGCGGAGGGAGAUUCAGAGCUCUACAGCUAAAUAUUUUGACCAGAGUGCGGUGCGCGCAGCUAUAAAAGGCCGAGUACUGGUUAUUGAAGGCAUAGAGAAGGCAGAGCGUAAUGUGUUGCCAGUAUUGAACAAUUUAUUGGAGAAUAGAGAGAUGCAUUUAGAAGACGGAAGGUUUUUAGUACCCGCAUCCAGAUAUGAUAAACUAUUAGAGGAACACGGCCCCGAAGAGUUAUCGAAGUGGCGUCUGGUUAGAGUGGACGAGAAUUUCAGAGUCAUAGCUCUGGGUCUGCCGGUUCCCCGGUACAGCGGGCAACCGCUCGAUCCGCCCCUACGCUCUCGGUUUCAGGCCAGGGACGUUGCCACUAUUGGAUUUGGGGAACACCUGAAUUUGCUGAAAGAGGAAGCUCCCCAAGUGAAUGUCAGCAAGCUCGAACAGCUGCUAUCGGCUGCUUACGCGCUUAUCAGCCCUGAACUGCAAAUGGUCAGCUUACCUGAUUUCCCUGUUGACAAUUUACAUGCCGCCGCGCGUAUCCUGGAACGUAAUCCUGCUAUACCAAUUCAUACGCUGUUAUAUUUAUUAUACCCUUACAAUACAUUCUUAACGAAGGACCACAUAAGAAAUGUGAAAGCUGUACUCAGUAAUCUUAAAGUAGAUACUGAGUCUCAGUGGAACAUAUCGAUGAAAGGGAUAGACUUCAAGGAAAAUCAAGCCUUAGUGACUAUGGAGAUUAAUGGACAGAAAUCACAAUUUGACGUGACAUGCGGUGGGAGGAGUAAGAAAGGGAUAGAUGAUAAAAGAAUAGUGAAAACUGCAUAUCAGAGUCAGUUGUUGAAUGAGUUAUUGCUGAGUCACAGUGUUGGAGAUUUUUGUGUUGUCGGUCCAAAAGGCUGCGGCAAGAGUCUUCUAGUCAAUCAAUUAGCGUCCUUAUUGGGUUAUACAAUAGAGCCUAUAGUCCUUUAUCAGGACAUGACAGCCAGGGAUCUGAUGCAACAGCGAACUACAUUAGAUAAUGGAGACACGGUGUGGAAGAACUCUGCGUUGGUGGAUGCAGCAUUGAAAGGUCAUCUAGCUGUGUUGGAUGGAUUGCAUCGGAUCCAUCCCAGUACACUUGCUGUGUUGCACAGAUUAGUGCACGACCGCGAGUUGCAAUUGCACGACGGGACGCGACUGCUGCGACACGACAGAUACGACGAGUUGCUCGCGGCUGGCCACACGCGGGAGCAACUGGACGACAGCGGAGUUAAGAGGAUACAUCCUGCUUUUAGGAUAGUGGCGUUGGCUGAACCUCCGAUCCUUGGUCGCGGGCAGCAGUGGCUCUCACCAGAGAUACUAAGUUUGUUUAUAUUCCACGAAAUGAGAAACCUCAGCAAGGCCGAGGAGAUUUCUGUCAUCACCGCCUUGUACGGUGAAAUAUCAGAACCUCUGCACUCAAUAAUUAAUCUAGCAGACGAACUCAGACAUUCAGAAGAUAGUACGUUGAAAAAUCUAUCGACAUCUCUCUCCACACGACAGUUGCUAAGAAUCGCAAGCAGAAUGGCAAAAUAUCCGACCGAGUCCGCUUACGAAACAGUACAGAGAACGUUCUUAGCUAAAUUCCUUCCUAAUUUGGCUAGACGGGCGCUAGAUGGCGCUAGUCAGAAUGUGGGCAUCGAAGCACCCAGUCGCUUUGGCACAUUCGGCAGCAACCCAAGCGAGAAAAAAGUCAGUUGCUCAGUUCAAAACGGUGUUUUAACCAUUGGCAACACAAGCACUGAAGUGUACAAAACGCAGGCGUUGACGAAAGUACCUGAUAUAUUGUUCUAUGACGUUCCACAGCAUAUAAGAUUGUUGGAGUGGCUACUACAGGAUCUGUUGCUAGGCAACCAUUUACUCCUAGUUGGUAACCAAGGAGUGGGCAAGAAUAAAAUAGCAGAUAGACUGUUGCAGCUUCUAAAUCGACCCAGGGAGUAUAUACAACUGCAUAGAGAUACCACAGUCCAGUCUUUAACAGUGCAGCCAACUGUGAAAGAUGGCGUAGUGAUAUACGAAGACUCUCCACUAGUGAAGGCGGUUAAAUAUGGACACGUCUUAGUAGUGGAUGAAGCGGAUAAGGCCCCUACACAUGUGACGUGUAUAUUAAAGACUUUAGUGGAAAACGGUGAGAUGAUUCUUAGCGAUGGAAGAAGAAUUGUACCGAAGCAUAUGAUUGAUACGUCUGGUGGGGAUGCGGAAACCUUCAUUCCUGUACAUGAUGACUUCAAGAUGAUCGUGCUCGCCAAUAGGCCAGGGUUCCCGUUCUUGGGCAAUGACUUCUUCGCUUCUCUAGGGGACCUGUUCUCAUGUCACGCGGUCGAUAACCCAUCUAUCGAGUCCGAGAUGGAACUGCUCCGGUCGUACGGGCCUGAUGUGCCGACUGAUGUCAUGCAGAAGCUGGUUAAAGCCUUCGCUGUGCUCCGCGAUAAGGCGGACCAAGGGCAGCUAACAUACCCCUACUCUACUCGCGAGCUGGUCAACAUCGUUAAGCAUUUGCAGAAAUAUCCUGACGAAGACUUAGCUACUGCGAUUGGUAACGUUUUCGACUUCGAUAGAUAUAGUAAAGAUAUGGCGGAUACGCUGCUUGAAGUUCUACACGCUAGUGGGCUACCGACAGAGGGCGUUUUAGAGGGCAGGUCCAAAGAAGCGUUGAAGAAACUGCAAAUGACAAUAGAGAGUAAAAGCGGGAAGGACGUGUCAUCUCCCAAACAUGGCAAGGAGGAUCCGAAAAACGAACCGCACGUGGGCGGCAACACGUGGGCGGGCGGCACUGGCGGCCGCGAUACCGCCGGCCUAGGCGGCAAGGGCGGGCCCUACCGCCUCGACAAGGGACAUGACGUGCACCAGCUAUCACAAGCGGAAAAGGACGACGUGCCAGAACACGUGAAGAAGGCAGCCCGCGAAAUGAACAGGAAGGCAUUCGAGGAGCGACUGAAAGAGAUCAAAAUGAGCGAGUACGAUGCCAACUUGUACGGGCAGUUCCUCAAAGCGGUACAACCUCAGAUUGGUGCUCUGCGUGGAGUUUUAGCUGAAUUACAGGCCAAGAAGAAAGAACGAGAAUGGAGUCGACACCAGACCAGCGGGGAACUUGACGACGGCAAAAUUAUAGAAGGUCUGGCUGGUGAGCGCGCCAUCUAUCGGCGGCGAGCGGAACAAGAACCACCGCCGGGUGCUCCGCCUGCGCGGCCCAAGCGGCUGCGGCUGGUGCUCGAUGUCUCGGGCAGCAUGUACAGGUUUAAUUCGUACGACGGCCGCCUGGAGCGUUCCAUGGAAGCGGUGGUGCUGAUGAUGGAGGCCCUCCGAGGGUACGAGGCGCGUAUCCGGUAUGACAUGUAUGCGCACUCUGGCGAGGAUCACGCCCUCGAGCUGGUGAGGGUCGACCAGCCGCCGGAGAACGAGAAGCAGAGGUUACAGAUCAUCCGUACAAUGCACGCGCACUCGCAGUUCUGUUGGACGGGCGACAACACGCUGCCCGCGACCAAGCACGCCAUCUCGUCGCUCGCCAACGAAGACGCUGACGAGGCUAUUGUGAUUGUAUUGUCUGAUGCUAACCUUAGAAGAUACGGCAUACAGCCCGAGGAGUUGGGUACCAUUCUGACAUCAGAUAACAGAGUUCACGCGCACGUUAUAUUCAUCGGCAGUUUGGGAGAUGAGGCUUCCACAUUAUUGCGCCAUCUGCCGGCGGGACGCGGUCACGUGUGUAUGGACGUUGCUUCACUACCACACAUCUUGCAGCAGAUUUUCGCCUCGUCACUGUUACAGGACUCCGCAUAGUUGCAGUAACGAUCUAGGAACCAAUAUUUGAAUGUUGGCAACAGUGCCCGAUCUAGUUUGCCGUACCGGGCAAUAUUUUAUAUGUGCCGCGCUUUUUAAUAAUGACUUUCGUGGUGUGGCAGUUAAACUGUCACUUUUUAAAAGGUCGCGGGUUUGACCACCAAACAGUACAUAUAGUUGUAUGUUUAUAUUAUUCUGGGUGUUAUUUUUUUUAUAAUACGUAUUAAAAAAAAAUGAAAUAUAUUCAAGUUCCUAUAGUAGUGCUCUGUUUAUUUUGCGCUAUGGAACUUGUCCAGAUAUAUUUAUUAUUAUCAUAACAUGUUGAUUCGCAGUGAACUAAUUUUGCUGCGUUCUAAAUAUUUACAUGUUUAUCCCCCCCCCCCCCUCAUUUCUAGAUCGGGCCCUGGUGGCUAAUAGUAGUUUAUUUAUAAAACACAUUGACAACUUAUACAGUGUUACUAGCUGUUAACUGAUUCCCGCGUCUUUGCUCGCGUGGAUUCAUUUAGUCCCCGGUCCCAUGGGAAUUUUUGGGAAAUCAAUUUUUGUGUUAAUAAUUAUUUAGCGAAAUCGAUCAUAUUUGAAUUAUUUGUUUCUAAAGUGCUUACCUUAUAAGUUUCAAUGGAAGUAGUUCUAAAUUUACAUUUAUGUGUAAUGUACCAAAAUGGAACAUUUUUGAAGUUUCCUCUGUUUGGGGUAUGUCUGUCUGUCUGUUAUUUAGGUAAUGAUUAAAUCAUAAAAAUAUUUUUUAUAUUACGUACGUAUACGUAAAUUAUUAUAGUUUUUUUUAUGUUUAUAUUGUAUAAAAACUUAUGUAUUGGAAUUAUUAAGUCAGCAACCAGUCUUUUAUGAAGAUUUAAAUUAAUAAUAAAAAUAAAAGAAAUAUUAAAUUAUAUAAUGUAUAUAAAUAUAUAUUUGCAGUUUGUCUUUGUCAUUGUUGUACGACCUGUCAUGUGAUUACAUUUUUAUGGGUCAAUCAGUGCCUGAAAUAAAUUA